AUGUUCCAAAUCAUACCCACGCACCCAUCCACGUCCUACCUCUUUGGUGUCGCUGCAGUUCUCCUCGUAGGCUACCAGAUAACCAGAUAUCUCUACAUCGAUGCUCGAAUUCGCAAGCUUGGCGCACGAGCGCCUGUUCGUAGAGCAUAUGCCCCAUGGGGAAUCGACAUUGCGUACACUGCCGUCAGCCAUGCCCUCAACAAUACAGCGUAUCAAAUGUGGACAGCCAUGUUCGACAAGUGGGGCGGCGGUCCCGGUCGUUAUACCGUCGAGGCAACUCUAGGUGGGGAGCGUCUCAUCAUGACUGCAGAUGCAGAGAACAUCAAGGCGAUACUGGCCACACAAUUCAAGGACUAUGGCAAGGGCGAGCAGUUCAGAAAAGACUGGCAUCAGUUUCUGGGCAACGGCAUCUUCACUACGGACGGAGAGCUGUGGCACAAUUCAAGGCAGCUCAUCCGCCCUCAGUUUGUCAAGGACCGUUUGAGCGACAUCGACAUCUUCGAAGAGCAUGUCCAAGUCCUCAUAUCCAAGAUUGAGAAUGGCCAGGAAUUCGAUACAAUGGAUAUGAUGUUCCGAUUCACGCUCGAUGCUGCUACCCACUUCUUGCUUGGCCAAAGUGUGGACAGUCUGCAUGAUCCCCAGACGAAAUUCGCAGAUGCAUUUGGCAACGCGCAGCGCAUCCAGAGCAUCAUCGCCAGGGCUGGACCCUUCAACGGCCUAGUACCCCGCAAACGAUUGGGUUUCUACGACUCCAUCAACACAAUCAACGACUUCGUCAGCACGUAUAUCGACAAAGCCCUAGAGCUCAGCCCCGCUGAGCUCGAAGCAAAGUCCAACCACGACUCCGGAUACACUUUUCUGCAUGCCAUUGCAGGCUACACCCGUAACCGCUCCAUACUGCGCGACCAGCUAGUUUCCAUCCUGCUCGCAGGCCGCGACACCACCGCCUGUACCCUUACAUGGACCAUCUACCACCUCUCCAAGGAUCCAGCCAUCCUCGCAAAACUACGCCAAGAAAUCAUCGACACGGUGGGCUUGACCGAAAAGCCUACGUACGAGAAUCUGAAGAACAUGAAAUACCUACAGCACAUCUUGAACGAAACCCUGCGACUCUACCCCGUCGUCCCUUUCAACGUCCGCAUCUCCCUAAAAGACACCACACUGCCCACCGGCGGCGGCCCCUCGGGCACAGAUCCCAUUGGCAUCCUUGCCGGAACACCCAUUGGCUACUCGACGCUCGUCCUACAGCGCCGCGCCGACCUCUACCCGGGUCCUGAAACCGGCUUCCCCGCCGUGGACAAGUACGUGCCCGAGCGCUGGGAAAAUUGGACGCCCAAGAGUUGGACCUAUGUGCCCUUCAACGGCGGUCCGAGAAUCUGCAUCGGCCAGCAGUUUGCGCUGACGGAGAUGGGGUAUACGCUCGUUCGAUUGUUUCAAAGGUUUCAGAGCGUGGAGAAUCGCAUGGGAGAUGUGGAGCCGGGCAUGCAUGCGGAUAUCGUCUUGCAGCCUGCCAAGGAGAUUAAAGUUGUUUUUCAUUAG